AAUCGCCAUCUGACAUUUGAUUCAUCAAGCCGCUUGGCGCUCUCAUUCCAGUUGUGUAUUUUACUUAGCACAAACAAUUUUCGAACAAUCAGCUUAACGUUCAAGAAGUUUGCACUGUUCAAUGCGCAAAGCACACAUUGAAACGACACAAUGAGCCAACGAAACAUAAUGGAAUGUAACAGUCGACCGCAAAACUCAGAGCAAAACCAAAAUGAAAUUGCAAUUGCCCGCAAAAUCCAAUGGUACUUCCAACUGUAUGGCGGACCACAACCCGAGGUCUUCAAACUGAACACCCAUUGCUGGGACAAAAUUUUCGAUUGGCUGUCAAUGGAAGAUGUUCUUUCAUUUGGUCGAACAUGCAAGGCUUUCAAUUGGGUCGCCGGCGAGUAUUUCAAAGAGAACUACCCAGAAUACCAACUAUCAAUCGACAGCAGUAGCGAUUCUUCCAUAGCGAAGGAUUUCAGUCCAUAUGUGCAGAGCAUUAUGUUGAAUUACAAAAUGACUGAAUCGGACUGGAGUCUCGUAUCAAAUUGCAAGUCACUGAGGCAUAUUGAAUUUGAUCGAACUACGUUAACUAAAUCGUCUAUAAACACUGUUGAAAAUGUUCUCAAAACGGUUGAAGAAAUUUCAUUGUUCGAACCCAACAUCAAUGUUUCCGUGUAUGGAGAUUUUCACAAACUGUGUGCAAAAUUGAAACGUUUGGAUAUUUAUGAUGAUAAGGUGGAUGUUUUCCUUUCGCAAAAAUAUCCAGUGCUCGAACGGUUAAGGCUAUAUACUGAUCCAAGUGGCGAUGGAUUGAACACGUUUUUCCAAAUGAAUUCAAAUGUACGAAAUCUUACGUUCCGGUUUGCAGAUUCUAUUCGGAAUAUUCGAGACUGCAACAUUAACUUGGAUGAUUUAACCAUUAAAAUAUUUAGUGAUAGAUAUUACGACUUCAAUAUCUUCGAUGUUUUGAAUCAACUUUACCAGUGUGGUUUUUACAAACACUUGCACAUCGGCGGAUGGAACGAGGAUCAUCAACUAGCUGGAUUGCAAGGUCUUGUGACUCUGUAUGUCCAAAUUGGGACUGUACAUGAAAGAAGGAAUGUCAUGCUGCCGCCACUGCCAGAUCUAAAGGAACUUGGUUUCAUUGCUAAUAUGACUAAAUUACGCAACAAAGGAUUGAACGUGACCGAAAUUCCCAACUUGUGUACAAAUCUACAACGAUUAUAUAUAUGUGAACCAUCCGUUGAUGACAUUUUACCGUUCAUUCGUCGUUCACAACGUUUGGUUGAGAUCGAAAUUGACGAAUUUGAAGGGAAAGUAAUCGACAUCACAGCACUAAAUAAAGAACGCAAAAAACUGAAUGGAGCACGAAAAGUGACAUUCUACGUUAGUGAGGACAUUUACUUAGCAACAAAAUGGGCAACAAAGGAUAUCAACCUCAGCUUGAUCGAAAUACGACGCAGCGAAUCGUACGCAGGCAAAUUUGCACACACUUUACGAUGCGGUUGGUAGGAAUAAUACAGUAAGAUCAGCAGCAUCAUUAAUCUAAUUCUAAAAAAUAUCAUUCAAGAUGUCUCAAAGUUCAAGCCUUGCUGCAAUUCAACCUGAACGAUCUAAAUAAAUAGAAAAAAUGUCAAAACUAAACACCAUCAUGUCAUAUAUGAAUUAAAACUUUAUUAUUUUUGCGAUUCAUUUGUAAAAUUGAUGUAAAUAUGCAAAUGUCAGUUCGAGUAAGGUGCAAUUUUCCAUGUAUCGAAUAAUGUUUAUUGUCUGGAUAACCUUCGAAUUUCGGUUUGAUUUUUUGUCCGCAAAACAAAGAUUAUAUUUCAAUAAAUUUUAAUUGAAUCGCAAACUCUGCGAAUCAGUA